AUGGCCGUCGCUGUUGUUGUGUUAUUUAUUUUUUCCGAAGCUUUCGCCCAAGAUCAGGCACUUAGUACAGCCUCCCCUCAAUCCCCCCCUAUGCCGUUCUUGGAUUUAUUCACUGGAGCUUCCAACUAUUAUCCCGAUAUAAGAAAAACAUAUUCCGAUCCCAGUUAUUACCAUGGUUCGUGCCAAAAGACAGAUGCGCUCUCGUCGCUCGCUAGUGUUUUAGGAAGUGCUGCCAAAAUAAUGCUUUCAGCAACUGUCAUAGCAAUAUUAAAACUCCUUGGUGCCAAACUUUUGUUUCUACCGUUAAGUGUUAUGGUGUUCGCGAAAUUGGGUUUGAAAGCUAUUUUAAUGUGGCCUGUUAUUUCUAAAAUGAUAAAAUACUUCAAGAAGAAGAAAAAGAAAAGCAAAUCAAGGAUUAUAAUGGAUUGUUCUGAGAGACUCGCGUGUGUUAUUCAAAGGUCGUAUAAGAGCAGUUGGGGAAGCAAUUUCGGUGCAGCUGUAACCUUUUCGUUGAUUGAGGAUGUAGACGAAGACAGUAAUAUUGCGAAAAUAUUGUUAAGCAUUUUAGCCGGGGACAAGGUCGCGAAAUGUAUGUCACUGGACUGCAACGCCGGAAUCGAUAUAAGCUGA